GCUAUUGCAACUUUUUUUUUUCUAUAUAAAGCAAACUAGUGGACAGCUUUAGAUCUCAACUUCAACUCUCUCACCUUCUUGUGUUUCAUUUCUCACUUUUCAACACUUUCAUAGUAGACACAGUCACACAGGGUUAGUGAAGAAUGGAUAAUAAAAAGUUGGAGAAGCUUGCUUCAAUUGAUGCUCAAUUGAGGCUUUUGGUGCCUGGUAAAGUGUCUGAGGAUGAUAAGCUUGUUGAGUAUGAUGCUCUCUUGCUGGAUCGAUUUCUUGACAUUCUUCAAGAUUUACAUGGAGAAGAUCUCAAGGAAACGGUUCAAGAGUGCUAUGAGCUUUCUGCUGAGUAUGAAGGAAAACGCGAUCCAAAAAAGCUGGAGGAGUUGGGACAGGUGUUAACAAGUUUGGAUCCAGGGGAUUCGAUUGUGAUUGCCAAAGCUUUCUCUCACAUGCUUAAUUUGGCUAAUCUGGCUGAGGAGGUCCAAAUUGCUUACCGUAGAAGGAUCAAGUUGAAGAAGGGUGAUUUUGCUGAUGAGAACUCAGCAACAACCGAAUCUGACAUUGAGGAAACUCUUAAGAGACUUGUUGGGGAACUGAACAAGAGUCCUGAAGAAGUUUUCGAUGCUCUUAAGAAUCAAACAAUUGAUCUGGUCUUCACUGCACAUCCUACUCAGUCAGUCCGAAGAUCUUUGCUACAGAAACAUGGAAGGAUAAGGGACUGUUUAGCCCAAUUAUACACCAAAGAUAUUACUCCUGAUGACAAGCAGGAGCUUGAUGAAGCUUUACAGAGAGAAAUUCAAGCUGCUUUCCGUACAGAUGAAAUCCGUAGGACACCUCCAACCCCACAAGAUGAAAUGAGAGCUGGAAUGAGCUACUUUCACGAGACAAUCUGGAAGGGUGUUCCCAAAUUUUUACGACGUGUUGACACAGCUUUGAAAAACAUUGGGAUAAAGGAACGUGUACCAUAUAAUGCUCCUCUCAUCCAAUUCUCUUCUUGGAUGGGUGGAGACCGUGACGGUAACCCAAGGGUCACUCCUGAAGUAACAAGGGAUGUUUGCUUAUUGGCUAGAAUGAUGGCUGCUAACGUGUACUUCUCACAAAUUGAGGAUCUCAUGUUUGAGAUGUCUAUGUGGCGCUGUAGUGAUGAGCUUCGUGUUCGGGCAGAGGAACUUCAUAGAUCUUCUAAGAGAGAUGCAAAGCACUACAUAGAGUUUUGGAAGCAGGUUCCUGCAAGUGAACCUUACCGAGUUAUUCUUGGCGAUGUUAGGGAUAAGUUGUAUCAUACUCGUGAACGUUCACGUCAUCUGUUGUCACAUGAAACAUCUGAUAUUGCAGAAGAGGCAACAUACACUAAUGUUGAGCAGUUCUUGGAACCCCUUGAACUAUGCUACAGAUCAUUGUGUGCUUGUGGAGACCAGCCAAUUGCGGAUGGAAGCCUUCUUGAUUUUUUAAGGCAAGUAUCCACCUUUGGGCUGUCACUAGUAAGGCUUGAUAUCAGACAAGAAUCAGAUAGGCACACUGAUGUCCUUGAUGCUAUUACCAAUCACUUGGAAAUCGGUUCUUACCGAGAGUGGUCUGAAGAACGCAGACAGGAAUGGCUUUUGGCUGAACUGACUGGCAAGCGCCCUCUGUUUGGUGCAGAUCUUCCAAAAACCGAAGAAAUUGCUGAUGUAUUGGAUACAUUGCAUGUCAUAGCAGAACUCCCCUCAGAUUGUUUUGGAGCCUACAUCAUCUCAAUGGCCACAUCACCAUCUGAUGUGCUUGCCGUGGAGCUUUUACAACGUGAGUGCCAUGUGAAGAAACCACUAAGGGUUGUUCCUCUCUUUGAGAAACUUGCUGAUCUUGAGGCUGCUCCUGCUGCUGUUGCUCGGCUUUUCUCAAUUGAUUGGUACAUGAAUAGGAUAAAUGGCAAGCAAGAAGUCAUGAUUGGGUAUUCGGAUUCCGGGAAAGAUGCUGGGAGAUUUUCAGCAGCCUGGCAGCUAUAUAAGGCUCAAGAGGAGCUUAUUAACGUGGCCAAAAAGUAUGGUGUGAAGCUAACUAUGUUCCAUGGUCGAGGAGGAACAGUUGGGAGAGGAGGUGGCCCUACCCAUCUUGCUAUUCUGUCUCAACCUCCUGACACAGUUCAUGGAUCACUCCGGGUCACAGUUCAGGGUGAAGUUAUUGAACAAUCAUUUGGGGAGGAGCACUUGUGUUUUAGAACACUUCAGCGUUUUACUGCUGCUACUCUUGAGCAUGGUAUGCGCCCUCCAAUUUCGCCAAAACCUGAGUGGCGUGCACUUAUGGAUGAAAUGGCAGUUGUUGCCACAGAGGAGUACCGUAAAGUAGUUUUCCAGGAGCCACGAUUUGUCGAGUAUUUCCGCCUUGCCACACCUGAACUGGAGUACGGUCGCAUGAAUAUUGGAAGUCGCCCAUCAAAAAGAAAGCCAAGUGGUGGUAUUGAAUCACUCAGAGCUAUUCCUUGGAUCUUUGCCUGGACACAGACCAGAUUUCAUCUCCCAGUUUGGCUUGGCUUUGGAGGAGCAUUCAAAUAUAUAAUUCAGAAGGAUAGCAAGAAUCUCCCUAUGUUGCAGGACAUGUACAAAAAAUGGCCUUUCUUCCGUGUCACUAUUGAUUUAGUUGAAAUGGUGUUUGCCAAAGGAGACCCUGGCAUCGCUGCAUUAAACGACAAACUCCUUGUUUCUGAAGAUUUGUGGUCAUUUGGCGAGCAAUUGAGGUCUAACUAUGAGGAAACAAAGAGCCUUCUCCUCAAGAUUGCUGGGCACAGGGAAAUUCUUGAAGGAGAUCCCACCUUGAAGCAACGUCUACGGCUGCGUGAUUCCUACAUUACAACCUUGAAUGUUUGUCAGGCUUACACACUGAAACGGAUUCGUGACCCCAGCUAUAACGUGAAAUUCAGGCCUCAUAUCUCCAAGGAAUACAUGGAAUCCAAAACAUCUUCGGACCUUGUUGACCUGAACCCGACAAGUGAGUACGCCCCUGGCUUGGAGGACACACUCAUCUUAACCAUGAAGGGUAUUGCUGCUGGCAUGCAGAAUACCGGCUAAACAUGUUACUGCAUGAUUUGUAUCGUGUUCAUGAGAGCUGCUUUCAACUCGUAAUUAACGCAUCCCCUAAAAAGGGCGAUCGCACUUUCAAGUGUUCUGUUUUUUUUAUGUUGUAAGAUGUUGUGCUCAGACUCUCGGGGAUUAUUGGCACAAUAGUGGCUUUUGUUACAUUUGCAGUGAGGAAAUAAAAGCAUUUGUAUUUAUGUUUCGGUUUUAA